AAUAGUUCCUGGUCAAAUAUCAAGGAGUUUACAGAACACUGAUCGAGUGGACUUACUGCCCUAUAUGUUUAGAAUAAAUUCAGACAUGUGUAGUUGGUGAACAUGGAGGCCGGGUGUCAUAUAUAGAACACAUGGAGGAGGAGCUAUAAAGCGUUAUAACGGAAGCGUCCUUCAGCCGCGGGUUCUGGUCCGAUGACAGAUCCUUCCCACGGUAACACAGCGGACAUGGCCGCGUCCACCGGAGGAUCAUCCACCGCGGGCAUCCAGGGGUUCCCCAUCAUAACCGGCAGCCCCCCGGAGGACAGCACCGGUAAGGACCCGGAGCAUACCGGAGAACCGAAGAAAAAGCCGUGCAGGGCUUGUACCGACUUCAAGUCGUGGAUGAAGGUCCAGAAAACGCCACAGACCCCAACAGCAGCGUCACAGGCGGCCCCAGCUGAGCAUGUGGAGCCCCAGCGGCAGCCGGAGUGUCCGCUGGACAGGGAAGAGUUAGGGCGUAACACCUGGUCCUUCCUGCACACCAUGGCAGCUUACUACCCAGACCGGCCCUCCCCCAGACAGCAGACAGACAUGGGACAGUUCAUCAACCUCUUCUCUAAGGUCUUCCCCUGCGAGGAGUGUGCUGAGGACCUGCGGACAAGGCUGAAGACCAAUCAGCCAGACGCCAGUAGUCGCCAUGCCCUCUCCCAGUGGCUGUGUGGCAUCCAUAACGGCAUCAACGCUCGGCUGGGGAAGCAGCCGUUUGACUGUUCCCGCGUGGAUGAGAGGUGGAGGGACGGUUGGAAAGAUGGCAGCUGUGACUGACUCAUUACCUGGGAACUAAGAGCUACAGGACACGUCUAUUCACAUCCCGUUGCCUGUAUGGUACCAUUCAGGGAACUAUCUGGCAUCUGACACAGAGACUAUGUUCUAUUUUCUGAUUGGCUACGGAUCUCUCUGCUCUGCCCAGAUCUACAUGAUGUUCACUAUCUAUCUGUUGUCCAGUGUUUACAGAAAGUAUUCAUACCCCUGGACUUAUUACACAUGUUGUUGUGUUACAGCCUGAAUUCAACAUUGAUUAAAUACCCCAUAAUGACAUCACAAUACCCCAUAAUGACAUCACAAUAACCCAUAAUGACAUCACACUACCCCAUAAUGACAUCACACUACCCCAUAAUGACAUCACACUACCCCAUAAUGACAUCACACUACCCCAUAAUGACAUCACACUACCCCAUAAUGACAUUACAAUAACCCAUAAUGACAUUACAAUAACCCAUAAUGACAUUACACUACCCCAUAAUGACAUCACACUACCCCAUAAUGACAUCACACUACCCCAUAAUGACAUCACACUACCCCAUAAUGACAUCACACUACCCCAUAAUGACAUCACACUACCCCAUAAUGACAUCACAAUACCCCAUAAUGACAUCACAAUACCCCAUAAUGACAUCACAAUACCCCAUAAUGACAUUACAAUAACCCAUAAUGACAAAAGUGAAAACAGGUUUUUAGAAAUGUUAUCAAAUGUAUUGAUAAUGAAAUACAGAAAUAUCUCAUUUUACAAGUAUUCACACCCCUGAGUCAUGUUUGAAUCAUCUUUGGUAUCGAUUUACAGCUGUGAGUCUUUCUGGCUAAGCUUUGUGGGUAAUUCUCUAAGAACUUUUCGCACUUGGAUUGUACAAUAUUUGUACAUUAUAUUUUUUGCAUGUGUUGGAAUACUCCCAGUAUGUUGGGAAGCAGACAACCAGGUUUUCCUCUAGGAUUUUGUCUGUGCUUCGCUCUAUUCAGUUUAUUUUUAUCCUAAAAAACUCCCCUAGUCUUUGCCGAUGACAAGCAUACCCAUAACAUGAUGCAGCCACCUCAUCAUUGAAAAUAUGAAGAGUGUUACUCAGUGAUGUUGUUUGGAUUUGCCCCAAAAGUUGAAGUUUAACUUUAGUGCCUUAUUGCAAACAGGAUGCAUGUUUGGACUAUUUCUAUUCUGUACAGGCUUCCUUCUUUUCACUCUGUCUAUUGGGUAUUGAGGAGUAACUACAAUGUUGUUGCUCCAUCCUCGUUUUUCUCAUAUGAUCACAGCCAUUAAACUCUUAACUGUU